AGUAUUACCUCCCCAAACAGUAUCCAAAACAUCGUCCAUCUCCCGUCCUCGCUUCUGCUAAAGCCCCCGGCUCCCCCCGUUUCACCUUGGCCAGUUCCCCGCCCAAUCCUCGUCCCUAACUUCGCCCCUUUAAAUUUCCCCAAAAUUACCGUCCAUUUUGUAAAUAUUUCCAGUUCCUAUAAUCCCUAAUCCACGCAAUUAACUAUUCAGCCUUCUGCGAUUCCAUUCAAUUCGAUUCAACCUCUUCUAGGGUUUCGAAACCUAAUUUCCCACCACCUGGAUUAAUUUCAAACUCCAAUGAAAUGAUUGUCAAUUGGGACAACAAUACUAACGACUCGAGCUCGAAAUCAAUCAACGAGACCGUCAAUGGCUCCCACCAUUUCACCAUCAGGGGGUACUCGUUGGCCAAGGGUAUGGGCCCUGGUAAAUACAUCUCCAGCGACACAUUUAGCGUUGGGGGUUACGAUUGGGCUGUUUACUUUUACCCCGACGGUAAAAACAUAGAGGAUUCGUCCAUGUAUGUGUCGGUGUUCAUCGCCCUGGCAAGCGAGGGUACGGAUGUGAGGGCUUUGUUCGAGCUAACCCUUUUGGACCAGAGCGGCAAAGGCAAGCACAAAGUCCAUAGUCAUUUCGACCGCGCGUUGGAGAGUGGACCUUAUACCUUGAAAUACAGAGGAAGCAUGUGGGGCUACAAACGUUUCUUCAGAAGAACCAGUUUAGAAACAUCUGAUUAUCUCAAGGAUGAUUGCCUUUCAAUGCAUUGUACUGUUGGAGUUGUUAGAACCCGUGUUGAAGGACCCAAACAGUAUACUAUUUCUGUACCACCAUCAGACAUGGGCCAGAAUCUCAAGUACUUGCUGGAGUCUGAAAUUGGCAGUGAUAUAACUUUUCAAGUUGGUGACGAGGCAUUCAAAGCCCAUAAGUUGAUCCUUGCUGCUCGCUCUCCUGUAUUUAGAGCCCAAUUUUUUGGACUUAUUGGAGAUCCCAAUAAAGAGAUAGUAGAACUUGCCGAUAUUGAACCCUCUAUCUUCAAGGUAAUGCUCCAUUUUAUUUACUCGGAUGACCUUCCUGAUCUACAUGAGAUUACUGGAUCAACUUCCAUGUGCACAUCAACUAUCAUGUUGCAGCACCUCUUGGCAGCUGCUGACCGGUAUGGUUUAGAUAGGCUGAAACAGUUAUGUGAAGCAAGAUUAUGUGAAGAAGUCAGUGCUGAUACAGUGGCAACUACUCUUUCCCUAGCUGAACAACACCAUUGUUUACAGCUGAAAGCCAUCUGUUUGAAAUUUGCAGCAACAAACUUGGGAGUGGUUAUGCAGUCAGAGGGCUUCAGACAUUUAGAAUUGAGCUGCCCCUCACUGUUGUCGGAGUUGCUGGAAACAAUUGCUUCAGUGGAUGAGAAACCAAACCUAAUGUCAAGUAAGAAAAGAAGUGGCAGCAGUAUAUUUGGGAUUGACUUGGUGGCUGAUGGUGCUGCAGCAGAAUCAGUGAAUCCUAAUGUCAGGCGCAUUCGGAGGCGGCUGUAGUAUUAUCGUCGUGUAUACAAGAGUGAAAAAUAACUUGUUUAAGCAGGUGCAUCUAAAAGUCGUAGUUAUGUCUAGCAUGUCUAUAGUAUAUUGUUUAGUUUUGAUUCUUCUUGGUUGCUGGAGGAGUUCUCUUUUCUAACCAUUCUGCCCUGGUGGUUGGGGAAAAAAGAAGAAGGGGGGGGGGGGGCUUUCACUGUAUAUCAGCAUGAGGUGAAGGGCUAGAGGGUGUUGCAAUGUUAAGACUUCUCAAGUAUGAAUGAUCAACUGCCAGAAAAUCUGAAUAAGAUUUAUUUUGGCUUGAAUGUUGAAUGACUGCUUUAUUAUAGAAUGCAUAAUUCGGAUUA